AUGAAACAUUUUUCUCUAAAUACAUUAUUGUGCACAAUUGUUGUGGCUUCAAUUGCAAUAGCACCAUGUGAAAGCGAUGACAAACUCAUAACACAAACAUGCAGCAAGACACCAUACCCUGCCCAAUGUAUUAGUUACAUAAAAGCUGAUGAUAAUAGCAAGGAUGUUAGGGAUGUUCCAGGUCUUGGAAUAAUCAUGGCACAAGUUUUGGUACUCGAAGCACAAGCUCCCAAAGACAUUCUCUUCGUAUUGCUUGGGGCGGGAAAGAGACCAGACAUUCAGGUUCAGUUGAAAACUUGUCUUGAAAGUUACAGUUUUAUUAUCAAAACUGCUAUGCCUGCAGCCAUUGAUUCUUUCAAAAUUGGGAAACCCCGUUUGGCUGAAGAUUAUGCUAACACUGCUGCACUUGUGGUUAGUAAAUGUGAGAAAAGCUUCAAUGGAAAAUCGCCAAUCACUAAUGAGAACAAUGUUACUCAUGAAGUUGCUCGCAUCCUAGGAGCUAUUGCUAAACAAUUAUAG